ACAGCGUUACCCCAUCGGCAAGGGUCCUUAGCGCGCCCCUCAGCGCGUGCAACCUGCUAAACAGGGGGUUUCUGAUUGAUGGAGCUCUGGAGCAUGGGCCUCGAGCCAACCUUGAGGACACUGUGUGGAACGUUAUGCUUAGCCUUCGACCCCACCGAGUCCCGCACGAAUUCCGACGACCGAUCUAAACCCCACGAUCGCGCUGUCGUGACGCGGACAAUUCGAAACAGCACAUGCCUAGCUUAGUAGCCGCGACCUCUACCCAAUGACGGCCUAUCAGCUUUCUCACAAGCGAGCUGCUGCUUGCGCAGUGUGAGAUUGUCCUCGUGCGACGUUCCUUGAAUCCUUGAGGAAAACCCACCAGGUGUCGUGUGCUUCUCGGACCAGAUGCGGUUGAAGGGCAGCAUGGCGUCCAUGUUUCUCAGCAACGAGGAGCUGGGCAAGAAGGAUGACGACCGCAAACCGACAAAGAUCCCACCGAUCCGGGCGCCAUGGGGCCCUCCACAGCGCAAAACGCUGAAGCGGGUCGCCGUAGCUCUCGCGCUCGGCAUGUUCGUCUAUCUCUUCGUCGUCAAUUUGCCGGGUGACGUCCCCAUCCGGGACCGCCGCCAUCCCAUCUACCGGCCGGAACAUGCAGGAGGCAAGCUAGCUCCCCCCGGACCCAUGCCGAAAUUGGAGCCUGAUCGGACAUCUCAAAAGCCGGUCCCUCCUCGUCCUCCUUCUCGUCCUGCCGAAGAGCCUGCGGCGCCCGCGACCUCUAGUUACGAUGGACCCCUCGUAUUCCCGAAACUUCGCGCCACACUGCAAGCCAUCGGCGAUACCAUGGGGACCUAUCCUUCCAACAAGAACGUGCUCUUUGCUGCGGCAACUCUCAAGAGUGCUGCUGCGCUGCUGCCGGUAGCCUGCCGCAUGGGCGCCGAGCGGAGGAGCUACGUGCAUUUUGCGCUGAUGGGCGGGAGUGAUAUUGACCUGGCAGAACUUCGUGCCGUUAAUGGGCUGGACGACUCUUGCCUCGUCAUAUUCCAUGAUGCUCGACCGGACUUCGCGGCCAUUUCUACCCCUUUGCGCCUACGAAGUAGCGUCGACCGUGCUCUGUACCACAUCCACAACUUCAUGCACCCCCAAGCCACGCUUGUCGAUGCUUCAGGACUAGAGGAAGACUAUUUCAUCCCAGGCAUUAGAAAACAGGCGCAGGUUUCUGGCAUUCCUGUGAUUGAACUGCCCGAAGAUGCCCAUUCGCGGCUGGGUUGGAUAACAAAGCUGGACUCGUCUUCGCUGGCCGCAUGGGAUAAGAUCAGCAUUGACAUAUUGAUACACGCACUUCCCGGUGCCUCGGGAGGUCUUAUGCAGUUGCUGAAGGCACUUUCAGCCGCUGACUUCUCAGCCGGCUCCGUUCCCCAUCUGACCAUUGAGUUGCCCCACGACGUCGACCGCGCCACUGCGGAGUUUCUAAAGACAUUUCAGUGGCCCCCACGUCGCUAUCAUAAUCCUUCCAAUUCUCGGCAUCUCACCCUCAGACACCGGAUAUCACGCGGCAGAGCCACAGAGGAUGAAAGCUCAGUCAGGUUUCUGGAGUCCUUCUGGCCAACCAACCCAUCGUACUCUCAUGUACUGGUUCUGUCACCCCAGGCCCAGUUGUCACACCUAUUCUUCCACUACCUCAAAUACGCCGCUUUGGAGUAUCUGUAUUCCAGUUCUGCGCGACUGCAGGAGUGGGACUCAAGACUGCUCGGUAUAAGUCUCGAUCUGCCUUCGACUCUCUUGGACGCUGCGACUCCGUUCAAAGCCCCAUCAAGCGAAGAAUUAGCGGAAUCAUCAGCCGCCAAUACUGACGCAACAACCCCUUUUCUCUGGCAGGCCCCUAACAGCAACGCUGCGCUCUUCACGGGGCAGAAAUGGGUCGAGCUGCACGCCCUAGUUUCCCGCCUGCUCGAGUUCGAGCACCGCACGAAACCUCUGUCAACCUUUUUCACCGAAAAGCUCGUUAGCAAGAGGUAUCCCUCCUGGCUCGAACACGCCCUGAAGCUCUGCCGAGCGCGCGGAUACUGGACGCUCUACCCGAGCGAAGCCAUAGCAAGGAAUCUCGCCACAGUCCACAACGAGCUCUUCAGGCCGCCCGAAGAAUACGAGGGGGAGCUGGAGUUGGAUGCGCCCGAGGGCCGCCGCGAGCCGGCGCUCUCCCCGGGCGCAUUUCUCGACAGCCUACCGGGCGGCGGCACGUUGCCCCCGUUCAACCGGAUGCCGCUUUUGCUUUGGGAUGGAAGGUCAAGCGACCUCCACGAUCUGGACAAUGUCGCUGCCGGGUACGCGAGUGCAUUCAGAAGUGCGGUGGGGGGAUGCGAAGCGCUGAGGCCCGAGGACCUCGUGCCGAAGACAACUAUGGCGGAUUUGUUCUGCUUGAAAGAUGAAUUAUGAAGGAUUAGGUUACCAGUUGUGGGAUGCUGUAUGGUAUGGUUUUCUUGUCGGGUCGGCCGCGUCGUAUCGCCCUGUGUUCUACUGGUUUUCUUGUACGAUAUGUCCAUAUUCACGGAAGCAGCUCAGGACUAGGGGAUCUGGAUUUCCCAGGUGUACUGUACAUAUCUAGUACGUUGAAGCGAAAAUAUCAUGGACGGGAUGCCGAAUCAUACAUCGGCAUUCUCGUUCAGUUUGUUGAUAACCAAGAGCGUCACACACGACCCAACAAUACACAGCGCUAUCGCUGCCAUGAC